UCUAUAAAUUACAUAUAUUCUCAGAGGAAACUUGAGAAUUAAACUAUCAACAUCCCAUCUGUUUGUAAAGACCAGGACAUGAUGUUUGUUGGCGUACCAAGACCUAUUUUUCUAUUGCUGUUCUUAGCUUCUGCUCUUGUUCUGAGCUAUUUUCUACAAUCAACCUCACGACGAGAUCUUCAAUUCUCGUCCAAUCCUCUGUUUGUGUUUUCGUUGUUUAACAUCAUUAUCGGUGCCAUCAUUGUUGGAAAUCACAGGCCAUCUUCCGGGGAAGCCGAUGACGCCAUAUCUUUCAUGCAUCAUUCGUAUGAACUAGAAGAAGAUGGAGCUGAUGACGCUGAGGAUGCAAAGAGUGAUAAAUACUCGAGUUUGGAGGGUUGUGACCACAGUAGGGACCAUGUUGAUGACAACGAUGAUGGUGAAAGUGAAGAUGAUGAUUUUGAUUUUGAAGGCUACGAAGAAGAUGACGACGACAAUGGUAGCGAUGAUGAGAUUGGUUGGGGAGACAUGGAUGAAUAUGACUGUAAUUUGGAGAAACGAAUCGAAGACUUCAUUGCCAAGGUUAACAAGGGAUGGAGGGAAGAGAGGUUAAGGGAUGGUCUCUCCUAUCCCUUACAGCUAACCUACCUGUGAAUUAUUUACAAAGCUCAAGAAAAUAAUAAUUUAAUUUUACUAUAAUUUUCCUUUGUCUCUCUUGUUCUCUGCCAUAGAAUGCAUAAGUUUAACUGAUACCUGCAAUGCUGAAAUGCACAGAUGCUGAAAUGCGUGAUAACUGUCGCCUCGCCUGUGUGAGUAAAAAUGAUAUAGCAUCCUUUUGAACAAAUAGUUAUUUCCAAAAGUCUUAAUGUGUAGUGUUCCUU